AUGGAAGACGCAUAUCCUGACGAUAAUAACGGUUGCAGUCGUAGCAGUGAUGUUGACUUGACAAGACUAAAUGCUUGUUCAUAUCUAUCUAUCUAUCUAUCUAUCUAUCUAUCUAUCUAUCUAUCUAUCUAUCUAUCUAAACUAAAUUUAAUUGUUUGUUUCUUUCUUUCUUUCGCAGCCUGUUCAUAUCUAUCUAUCUAUCUAUCUAUCUAUCUAUCUAUCUAUCUAUCUAUCUAUCUAUCUAUCUAUCUAUUUGAGUUCUACGGUGGCGCCGAAGGAUGUAUGUGGAAAAGUACUGCGUUCAGUCUCAGUCUGUCUGCGGCGUUCUGGACCAAUCUCUGCGUGUCGACAUCUCAGCCGGGUAUCUCUCCCUCUCUGUCUUCUGCAGCGUUGAAUCAAGGAAUUUAUAUCCGUCAUUUCUUGUUAUUAUUAUUUAAACUUUACGCUCCUUCGUAUUUCUUUCUUUCUUUCUAUCUUUCUUUCUUUCUUUCUUUCUUUCUUUCUUCACCCAUAUUUCUCCUGUUUUCGCAUUCUUUCUUUCUUUCUUUCUUUCUUUCUUUUCUUUUCUUUCUUUCUUUCUUUUCUAUUUCCUCUUCUCAAUUUCUGAUAUUUAGCGCCUUCACUCUAUUUCUUUUUUUGAUAGACAUUUUCGCUUCUAUUAAUUGCCUCUUUUAA